AUGAUUAGUCUUCUUGCUAAAAAGACGCUGCUACGCGUGAUCACGUUUUACGCGUAUGGUUUAUUCGUGGCUUGGAUUUUUACCUUGAUAGAAAAAAGAGAUGAGCCAAGUUACGAGAGGAGGGAAAAGAUGUUAGAGACGCUUGAGAGGGAAUUGCACUUAAGGUAUAACAUGACAGAUAAGGACUUUAACAAUUUUGUGAAAAGAACUGAAAACGCCGUGAAGGCGGGCGAUGAACUGGACUGGACUUUUCUUAACAGUGCUGGAUUUGUCUUUGCUGCUCUCACCACAAUAGGUAAGACUGAAAAAAUUAAAUGGUGGAUCCACCUUGUUUGUAGCGUCGUCUACUUGAAAGUCCCAAUAACAAGUAGGCUCGCGUAAUAAUAUACUUAAUAGGUGGCUAUAUGGAUCAGCCAACAUCUGAAAAUGGAUUUUCGUGUUAUCCGUUCAAGUAGAAUUACCCAAGAUCUUUCCCGCCAAGACUUAAUAUUUUAAAAAUAUGCACCUAACUUAUCAACUUCUGCUCCAACCUCAACUUUUAUUACUUGAUUAUUUUUUAAAUUUUCGUAAAUUGUAUUCAACUCUGCUCUCUGCAAGUAGCGAAAAGCGUAUGAAGGCGGAUUUAACUCGAAGGAAAGAAACAAAGUAUUUAACGUCACAUUUUUUUAAAGCUGAAACAACGGGUGGAAACAAAAGGGAGGUCAAAAUAGACGAUUAACUUGCAUGUCCAAGCCUUGAAUUAUAAAAGAUCAUCUCUUGCGUCGAUUUACAUAAUAUUGACACAUUCAUGAAAGCUGACUGGGAUGAAUAACUAUUAGUUAUCAAGGCUUAUUGCCGUCUGCCUUUACACGCACACUGCGCAAUUUCAGUAGGUAUAAAAAUAGCUAUUACAUGCAUAUGACACUAAAAUUCUCAUAAUGGACGCGUUUUAGGGUAUAUAUCCUUACAAACAACGGAAGCAGGUGGAUUUGACCAAUUUGUCAUCACGCAACAAUAAAAGGAGGGAAAAUCGAAAAAUAGGGAACAGAAAAUAAGCUUUGUAUUUAGAAUGUUACUCUGUUUUUGUUAAAGGUUAUUUUUCACGUGAUUAGGUGUUAAGUGCUUUUAGAAAUGUUAUGCAAAAUGCUCAACAUUUAAGUACAAGUACACUCGAUUUAAUUAAAGGUAAAUAACACCAGUUGAAGCAAAUUUGCAUUGACCAGUUCUGAGAUGAGAAACGCGUCAAAUGAUCAUUCAUUUAGCCAGUCAUCUUGUUUUGGUCUCCACAAGCUGUUAGAAAAAAUGAAGGACGGGCAGUUUGUUUCUGUAUUUUCCGCUUGAGUAAAAUUAAUCUUUAAAUAUUGGCGAACGAAACGUAGCAGGCGCGACCGUUGCCAUGGUGUUCAUACCGCAAGUUGUCACCCGGUUGUCAGCCGAUUCCAAUUCACCGCGUGAAAAAGCCUUUACUGCGGUCAGAAUAAAUGCUACAUGAACGCAAGUACAACUCUAAAUUAAAAUGCAAAUAAAACCUGUGUUUCCUGAAAAUAAACAAGCUGAUCAGAACAGCCUAUAAUUUGACGUAGAACACAAAAUGUUUUUAAAUACCGCUAUUUAUUUAUUUUAUUUUUUUCGAGAAAAGCUCUCUUACUCCAAAAUGAUAAUUCUGCCUUUUUACAACAUCACCGCAUAAUCAUUAUUUUUUAUUUGCUCGUCAUUGUAAUUAAAAUUUCCACAGCAGUGAGUAAACAGUGGCAGACGAUCUCAGCAAGCCCUAGAAUCUGAGCUUCAGUCAAGGAAGGUCUCUUUUUUAAUCCUUUUUCAUCAAGCCAUUUCUUUUCUGAGUUUGAAAUAAGAAUUUUGGCCAAAUAACAACUUUUCUUUCUUAUGAAUAAAAAUCAGCUGAUAUGCUCUAUUAAGCGAUAAACUUGUAAAAACCUUCCUCGUUUCGACUAAAAGGAGUUGCCCUACCUAUCAUCCUUAUCGAUUAACUUCUAGGUACGAUUUUUAUAAACGCCAAGAAAAAAAUCCGCUUCGUUAGCUCUCUUUCUAAGUCCAUGUAUGAGACCUCUCGGUUUGAUUUAACAUGACUCAGGCGCUUUCCCUUCUAAAACGGAUCGAUUUUAUGUUUUUUUCUUCUCAGCAGCUGUUUACUGAUGUAUUCAACCCAUGUUGGCAACAAAAAAAAAAUAAUACAGCGCACAAAUAGAGUCAGAGUGACUAAUUCGCAAUGAUUGUCUGACUUUUGUCAUUUUUGUCGUUUUAAUUACAAAUUCAGACAAACAUGACAUUUUAAAUAAUGUCAUGGAAUUCGCUAAUGUUAAUUUCAAUUCGUCUAUUUUUCAUUUCUAUGAAUUUUAACUGCACGCAGCGCUAUUGGUGACAGUCAUUGGUUACAACAAAGUCAUAAGCAACAUAAAAUUAAGUGAAGCACAUUUUCGCAGUUUUUGAGCAAAAACAAACAUAGCAAAAGCUGCAAGAUAUUCAUUUAUUCAAAUUCGCAUUACGACUGAAAGAAAUAGAGCAGAUAAGUUUUACUAAAACUAUGAAUAAUAAUAACAUACUUGAAGCGUUGUAAAAAAAGUCCCAAUGCGCCUUAAAACGUUUUAAAAAUAAUAGAACAAAUAAAUAUUCAACAAAGGUAUUGUUCCAACUAGCCACACCUACCCUUUCACCGCCACCAAGCCAAGACCUCAAUUUUAUAUCAAGGUUGGGGUUUAGCCUGAAAUUCAUCCGAUUGCUUCUAGUCGUUUUAUUACUGAGGGAGUAAUAACGACUCGAAGAAAUCGGACGAAAUUCAGGCUAGGUUGGGGUUUAAAUAUUGAAGAAUAAUGUUUUAUUUUGGGUUUCAGGAUUCGGGCAUAUCACACCAAAGAAUCCCUCUGGACAAGGCAUCACCAUUCUGUUUUGUCUAAUUGGUAUUCCUAUAACCAUGCUGGCAAUGAAAUCGGCGGGUGAGCUCUGGGCGAGUUCCAUCGAGUUCAUUGUGAGAAAAAUAGAGAAAGAUUUCCUUAAAAGAGGUCAACCAUCGCACGUUAAGAAGAAGACACUAUUCGUCGCAUGUACUUUGACCGUGCUUGUGCUGAUCCUCGCAGCUAUUUCCACGGCUCACCUCGAGGACUGGACUUUUAUAGAAAGCUUGUAUGCAUGGUUCAUCUCUUUGACAACGAUUGGUUUUGGCGAUUAUGUGCACCUGAAGAAAAUGCAGAGAGAUGUCGAUGAAGGAAAAGCUAAGGAGUCUACUCUUCUACUUUAUGGCAUGCUACUAUCACUGCCUUAUAUGAUAGGACUAAGUCUCAUGUCGUGUAUUUUGUCAAUUCUCGUGGACUCCAUCGACCAUAUUCGAAAUUUUCGUGAUCGG